AUGCGAUCACGGACGUCUUCUAGUCUCAAUGGUGUAGAUUGGAGGCCAUGUACUACAUCAGAUACCGAAAAGUCUGGAUCAGACACAAUAAACACUGAACAUACCUGGAGCACGGUUAUUGCAAGUUCACUACAAUACCUGAUGCGGAUCAUCAAGCCCUCACACUACCUUCAAUUGUCAUCCAAUUCGCAGCCGACAGAUGCCAAAACUCCAACACGGCCAGUCUCAAGGACCGCCUCCUACGAUGGUCUUCGAGGCAUAGCAUGCCUGAUCGUGUUCAAUUUCCACUUCCUCUACCCAUACACCGACACCUCGAAACAUGGCUGGGGAGCGGACAAGUGGAAUAUCUACAUCCAUCAAUGGCCAUUUAUCUGUCUCUUAGUCCGCGGACGGGCUAUGGUGACACUUUUCUUCGCAGUCUCCGGAUAUGUCCUGAGCUAUGGCUUUCUCAAGGCGAUGAGAGACAGGCAAGCCGACAAAGCCUUCUCGCGAAUGGCAUCUCUUGCAGUUAGGCGCUGGAUUCGCUUGUAUUUGCCGGCGACUAUAACCACGGGCAUGGUCUGCGUGACUGCAUAUUGGGGAGCUUUUGACGCAGGCCGCAAAUUCCAGAAGACGCCGCUCUUGACAGGGACGCCGGAAGAGCACCCUCCGCGGAAGAUGAGCUGGGAUGCUCAGUGGGCCGAUUACUGUAUUAUGUGGUGGAGGUGGUCUAAUCCUUUUGAUUGGAAUUUCCACUGGGAGAAUUACGAUCCGCAUACCUGGACGAUACCCGCGGAGUUCAGAUGCUCGAUGGUGCUGUUCAUUUUGUUAUUGGCUGGUGCCGGCCUCAAGCAACGAUGGAGACUUGGAAUGAUCUUUGUGGUCACAGCUGCUGCUUUGCGCUAUGCCAGAUGGGAUGUGGCGACUUUUACUGGAGGCGCCUUGGUUGCUGAUAUUCAUCAGGCUGUCUCGCAUCGAAAACAGGAAGAGAGUCCCGAGCUUCCAACGACCGAAAGCGAUCCUGAAGACGAGUCGCCGUGCUGUGAGUCUACGACCGGCCUGAAAUGGCUCAUCUUCUUCAUAGCACUAUACGUGCUCUCUUUCCCUGACAACAAAGCUCGAAAGACUCCUGGAUUCAAAACUAUGGCAUAUUAUGUUCCAGCCAACUACUGGGACAAACAAUUCUUUUGGCACGCCAUGGCCUCCAGCGUUAUCCUCUGGUCAGUCGAGCAGCUUCCUGCAAUCCAGGAUAUCCUAAGUUCCGCGAUUCCACAAUACCUCGGAAGAGUCUCGUUUGCAUUCUAUCUGUGCCAUGGACCUUUACUGCACUCAAUAGGAUUCGCUAUGCAGCCAAAGAUCUGGAAGUUCUUUGGGCAUAAAACGCUUCCCAUGUGGUGUUUCGGGUUGGCGGUGGGUUGGACGAUCAUGCUGGCGCUUUCGCUAUGCACUGCGCAUUUGUUCUAUCGAUUUGUUGAUAUGCCACUUGUGAGAGCGACGAGAUGGUUGGAGAAUUGUGCGAGAGAUAAAAUGGCAUUUAAGCCUUUGAGGGAGGAAGAGAAGCAUGCAAGUUAA